AUGACCCGCAUGCAGACGUCUCCCGAGGCAGCCCCAAGGGCUCAGCCUGCACUUAGAAUCACGGUAGAUCACUCUGUUACCCACUUCCCCGAGACCAGCGAAAAUCGCAACUUUGAAGAAAUAGGAACAGUAAUGUCUGAGGCAGCGGAGCGACAGCUCGCUCGUGGCCAAGGCAGAGGCAACCAACUUCUCAGAGCUACCGCGAUGACCUGUGUCGCUGCCAUUAAUCAGGUUGGCAAAAUGAGGUCGGCUGAGAUACAGUCCACUCUGGACCGUGCUGCGGCACAGCAGGGCGCCUUCGCUGCCAUGUCCUUGGAGGAGUGCCUGGAUUUUAUGAUCCUUCUAGCCAGGAUCAUUAAGGAGAAGGAGACUGAGGCUGACUCCCAGCAGCAUGGGCAGGCGGGUUAG